AUGACAUUUGCACUUACAAGGCGUUGGGAAAGCCUAACCAGCAGCUCCACGCUGAGCUCUCCGCUCCACGGAGGCAGCGUCCCAAACCUGCUGGCUCCUCCCCGGAGUGAGCGCCACGGGUCCCUGAAGAAACGCCUGUCAAUGGAGCUGCUAAAGAGCUUGGCCCCGGACCUGAGCAGCCUGAAGAGCCAGGUGAAGUGGCCCUCCGUGGGGAGUGUGUACAAGUGGAAACAGACGCUGACUGACAAGAUGAAGUGGAGGCCAAGCUCAGAGGACAAUUUACAGGUGAAAGGCUGUCACAACCGGAGACGGGGAGUUCUCUGUCAGUCUUCAGAGCUCGUGUGA